AUGAAGACGAGAGCGCAAAAAAGGCGGAUUGGGGAGCGAGAUUUGUGGAGUUUGAUCGUGAAGUGCGACGAUAUUUGUUUCCAACACAUUCUUCCGAGAUUGAAUUCGAAUGACGUGAAAUUCUUGUACGAGGUGAAUACGGAGACGAGAAAGUUGAUUAAGAGAUCAUCUCGGGAGGGUGAUUUGAAAGAGGGGUUUAAGGUCAAAGAGAUGUCGUCGAUAUCGACUUUGGAGUUUGCAUGGGAGCAUAAAUCGUUGUGGUCGUAUUUGUUUUUCCAAACUAUUUUCUGCUGUCAAGUUGCUAAAACGAAUAAACUCGAGUUGAUCAAGUGGGCGCGAGAGGAGAAAAAGUGUAGGUGGGAUGAAUGGACGAUUAAUGCGGCCGCAGAACAAGGUAAUCUGGAAAUGGUAAAGUAUUGCGUGGCAAAUGAGUGUCCUAUCGAUGAGGAGGCGUGUGCAUAUACUGCCAUUGACGGUCAUCUCGAGUGCCUUAAAUACUUACGCGAAGAAGUCAAAGCGCCUUGGGAUUUGAAUACUGCCGAAUGUGCGGCUAAAUAUGGUCAUCUCCACGUGCUCGAAUAUCUUGUUGAGCGUAAGUAUGAUAAAUACAGCGAAUAUGCGUGUGAGCUUGCAGCCAGGAACGGCCACUUGGACUGUUUGAAGUACUUACACGAAACCGCCAAAGCGCCUUGGAACUUUCACGCCGUACGAAAAGCGCACGAGAACAACCAACCCGAAUGUGUACAAUACCUCCUCGACAAUAACUGUCCUUUACCAUUCGGUUGGAGAUACGAAGAUGGAACACUGCGCACACCCACCUCCUCAUCAUCGUAA